CGCUAGGUGGUGACUCUCAUAAUCUGGCAGCCCAUUUGUCCUCAAGAUAGGGUGAGGGUUAUAAGCAAAUUAAGAGAAGGAAAGUUAAAGAAACCGAGGAUGGAGAGCUUGGGUUGGAGAGGAGCAGUGGUUAUCCAUUCUAAUGGAAGAAGAGAUCAAAAGACAGAAUUUCUAGUCAAAUCCAUGGCUACCCAAAAACCCAUUCCAUCUGCCGCAAAAACUGUUAGCUCCAAAAAGAGUUCUAUAGUUUUCCCAAUUGGGGAGAGCCCAAGAAACAGCAGCACUUCAUCAGGAAGUUCAUCAAUCAAGCUGUUAACAAGGGUGGAGCAGUUGAGGCUUUUAACCAAAGCUGAGAAGGCUGGUUUGCUAUCAGCUGCAGAGAAAUUGGGGCUUUCACUUUCUUCAAUAGAGGAAUUGGGACUCCUCUCGAAGGCAGAAGAACUUGGGGUUUUGUCAGCAGCAACUGAUCCAAACCUUCCGGGAAACAUACUUAGCUUGAGCUUGGUUUUGUUGAUUUUGGGUCCUUCUUUUGCCUUUUUGGUGCCUGAGGAUUAUCCUUGGCAAGUUGCUUUGCAAGUUGUGGUUGGAUUGAUCUCUGUUCUUGGUGGUUCUGCUGCUUUUGCUGCAUCUAAUCUUGUAUCAAAUUUGCAGAGAUCUAGUUAGUAGGUCCUGCAAUAUUAUUAUUCUUGUCUCAAACAAUGAAUUCGUAUCAAAUGUGUUAUUUAAAGCACUCUCCUCUGGUAAUAUAAAUUUAAUUACAACUCAAUUACACUA